GGAGAACGAGACCAAGAGAGCUGCAUUGGUCUAAUGGACACAUUGCUGAGACACUAAGCAGCCUCCACGAUCAGGCCCUCGGUCUGUUGGGCACUGAAUGUGCACACAACAUGAGUCCUGAAGAGCCUACACUCUAAACAGACCUGGGUGGAAGAAAGCAGAGAGCAUCAUCCCCAUUUGACAGACAGGGAACUGGCACUGAGAGGGAUUAAGUGAUUUACCUAAGGUCACAAAGCGGUCAUUAUCCAGGGAGCGGAUACACGGAGCCCUAUGGGGAGUUCUAAUGGGCCGAUUCAAUUUCAGCUGGAUGACGCCACUUAGCCAAGGCAUUAAGAGCUCCAGCUCCGGGAAGGCGAACGACAGAGGGAGCGAACAGGGGGUCGGAGCGAGCAAGCGAGCUUGUACUAAGGAGCAGCAAACCCCUCCCCUCUCACCCAUUCACAAGACGAGCGCGGCGGAGAGCUGCAUUCACAAAUCGCCAGCCAGCAGCCUCAGCCCCCCCGCUGCCCAGAGCCACCCCCCACCAGCACCUACCUGACUAGCUCCCGCACCCUUGUCCAGCUCACGCUGGCUCCCCGCACCGCCCAGCAGGCUGUAGCCGGAGAACGGGCCGGAUCUGGGCAGGGAACCUGGGCGUCCGGGCUGCUCGCUGUAGCGAGGGAUCUCGGUAGCCCUUAGCCGCGCAAACACAGACCCCGAGCUCAGGUCAGCACAGGGAGAGGCGGCAGGAGCGGGGCUUGCCCUGGCUCUGAGGAGGACCGAGAAGGAGUUUUCAUUCAGACUUGCUCCAGCGAGAGGCGGGCCGGGAGCGUGCAGGGCUCUGGCCCCAGCUGGGAAGGUGCAGUUAGCUGCAUGGACCUGCACUGGCCUCGAGGCCAUACCCAGGUCCAGAAAUGCUGUCAUCAUGAGAGAGCGUUAAUCCCUGAAGCUGAGUCAGAUGGCAAAUACCUUCCACCCAUGGAUCUUCCCCUGAAUAUUGGUCUCACCUUGAGGUUCCCUUAAACAGCAUGGUUGGAGGCCAUUCCCAUCUCUGCGACCACUUGGCAUAAAGCCAGAAUGUGUUUCCAGUGCUGCAGUGAGAAUCAGGAAGUACUGCUUUCUGAAAACAAAAUCCUGGCAGCCUCUAUGCAGGUAGCAUAUCCUCUAACAAACCCUAAUGGCCUGAAGUAGAUCUGGUUAGCACGAACAUUUUGUCACUAUUGGAGGAAAAAAAUGCUUUUCUCUGAGUGCUCAUGAAGGAGGAUUUUCCGAUGUGCCCUGAUGUUGCAAGCCCUUGUUGCUCUCAUCCAGUGUGGCUGAACUCAACAGUGACGAGACAAUGGAUCUGCCUGCUGAGGACUUCCAACAAGUCCUCUCCAUUGACCAGAUCUGCUCCAUCCGUGCCAGCAAUGACUAUGUGGAGAGACCCGCCAUCUCCUUCAAGCAAGCUCAGUCCAACCUAUCCCUCUCACAGCAGGCCCACAAGCAAGAGUGGUCUCAGGACUGCCUGGUGUCUUCCACCUUCCAGGACCUGCACCGCAGCCACAGCCACCACCACCAGAUGUCGGCCUUGCAGCAGCAUCUGAGUCAUUCCAGUACUGCCAGCUCUGUGUCUCAGAGCACCACCACCUCGGAUCAGCGGCUGCUGAGUGGGGUCACGCCCUCACAUUCUGGGCACUCUCUCAUCCGGACGCAGCCCAGAGCAGGCAACCUGAAGCCUGAGGAACCACUGAAGGGUGUGGUGGAGAAGGCCACCCUCCACUCUGGACACCUCUUCAUCUGCGAGGAGUGUGGACGUUGCAAGUGUGCCCGCUGCACAGCUGCCCGCAGCUUGCCCUCCUGCUGGGUCUGCAACCAGCGCUGCCUCUGCUCCCCAGAGAGUCUCAUCGACUAUGGGACUUGCCUGUGCUGUGUCAAGGGUCUCUUCUAUCACUGCUCCACUGACGAUGAGGACACCUGUGCUGAUGACCCCUGCUCCUGUGGCUCGGGGUCCUGCUGCGCCCGCUGGGCUGCUAUGAGCUUCCUCUCUCUCUUCAUGCCCUGCCUCUGCUGCUACUUCCCUAUGCUGGGGUGCCUCAAACUUUUCCAGAAGGGCUACGAUAGUCUGAAACGUCCUGGCUGCCGCUGCCAGAACCAUACCAACACAGUCUGCAGGAAGAUCUCCUCCUCCAGUGGCACGCCUUUCCCUAAGACUCUGGAUAAGCCGGUAUGACCUUCCCAGGGAGCAGAAUUGGCUAUUCUUCUUCUUCACCUCCCUCUGCUGCAUACCCACUUUGGGCACAAAGCAAACAGAUGAACAAUCUGCCAGUCACCAAGCCCCACAAAGGGAGUGUGAAGCACGUUCUUGAGACAAAGGAAUCGUGCUUUUGUGCCCAAGCCAAACGUGAUAGGGUUUGCACAUUUUGGCAAAGGACCAGGACAGAGGGAAUCAGAUGCUGACAAUGCACUAGUGAUCAACAGGGGGCUUUCAGCAUGGGAACUGGCUCAGGACUCUGUGACCUCAGAAUGCCUUAGGAGCUGUUUUUCUGUGGUGGGUUUCAAAAGGGUGACAUGUCCAAGCACUAGAAUCCUCUGGGGACCAGACCACAGACCCCCCCCACAUCUCUUUCAUCCAUUUUCUCUCUGCAGCUUUCCUAAGUGGCACCUCCCACAGGCUUUCCCUCAGUUUUCUUUGCUGUUGUGCUAUAGGCCAGUCCCUGCAAAGGGAGAUGAGCCACUGCAAUGUACCAACCAAUGGCAACACCUUACUCCCUUUAGCAGAGCAAGAGAGAAAGCUUUCAAUAAUUUCAAGGUAAAAAGGAAAAUAAGUGAGCCCAAAUAUCCAGUUUUUAGGGGCUCACUGGUCAGUGGAAAUAGGACAUGGAUAGAUUAAGGAUCAUGCUGGCAUGGAAAGGGUGUGAAAGGAUGAUGUGGACAGAAAGGAGUCCCACUCCCACUUUUGUACAUCAGAGGGUCUUCAGCAAGCGGAAAUCACUGUAGUAAUUGGUAUUUCAAAGUAGAUUUGGCUAAGAACAUGAAGCAGGUUAAAUCCCAGGCUGAGACGCAAGGGGACUGGAUACCCUGAGGGAGUGGUAAAGGUCUGCUUGCAGAACCUUACAAAAUGUAAGGUGUCACUGUGUCUCUAGCCCAGAUUGGUGGUGACUGAUAGGUGACACCAUCUGUUUAGUGGUGACUUGGUGGUUUCAAUCCAUCCAUUGGUGGUAAGCCUCUACCACAAGUGAUACUCCUGUUGGCAGGCUCAGUGUAAAGGCCAAGAACUGGGUGGGCCAUGGAACCUGGCCUUCCUUCUUACCUCUGGAUGUCAGAGAGAGGUAUAUGAGUAGGGCAAUGUGUAGGAAGCUUGCCCUUCUGCCCUGCCCAGUAGAUUAACAGAUCCUUCAGUCUCUGGGGCUGCCAAUCUGGUACCUUUCACCAGCACUGAAUUCACUUUAGUAAAAGAAAAGGAAAGUUGAACCUUAAAAACAAUUAAGAACCCCAACUUCUCUCCUUGUGCUGAUGCUGUAAAAAUGAUCACGUCCUUGCCUGGCCCUGAAAAUGGUGCUUAGCUGAGGCUCCAGCUUUGGGCUGGUGGGGAAAGGGAGAUCUGUGUGUUAGAAAGCAGAAUGGGAUGGGAAAAGCAUGAAGCCAGCCUUCCCUCCCCAGCCAAAGCGCCUCAGUGUCCUCACUCAUCUCCUCAUGUUAUAGAGAAAGCUACACAAAAGCAGAUUGGCUGCACAGCUAUGCAUCCUAUAGGCAAGCCUGAUGUUGACACAGGUGUUCUGAGACAGGACACACCUUCUGCAAACUAGAGAUGGGUCUGAACCAAAUCCAGAGAUCUGGAGAUCUUCAGACUAUGGGGAAGUUUGGAUCUGGGUGAUGGUUCAUGGUCAACACCUAUAAUAAGCCAAGCCAAACCAAACCCCUGUACCUGAAUGUUCCUGGUCCUUGAGGAAGUUCAGAUCCAGAUUGUAAUCUGAAAUUUCCAGCUCACUCAUCUCUGCUGUAAAAACACGGUGCCAAACUCUGUUACAACCCCAAUGACUUAAAAAACUUGGCCUGUGGAAUGAAAGCCAGGUUGACCCUUCAGUGCUAUCUUCCACCAUCACAUCUGUCCUCGGAGGGGUGUGUGUGUGUGUGUGUGUGUGUGUGUGUGUGUGUGUGUGUGUGUGAGAGAGAGAGAGAGAGAGAGGAAAAAAAAGAGAAGAAGGCAUAAUAAUCUUCCUGUUCCAUUGGAGUAAAGGUUCAAGAGGGCUACAGGAUGUGCGAGAGCUGGAGAUAUACAUGCAACGAAUCCCUCAACUGUCCCAAAUCUUCCUCCAAUGUUUAGGGCACAGACCUUGCACCCACCUAUCCACUGACUCCUCUUCUUCGUUUAGAAUUACUUUGAUAUAUUUUUGUAUAUAUAAGUAUAAUGUUACGAUGGCUAGGACUAUUAUAAUAAUAUUCAUGAUAUUGCUGUGAAUGGUGCCAUAUGCAAGGUUUGGCUUCCUGGUACAUUUACAAACUCCAAAGGAAUAUCUCAACUUUGUUAUGCUAAUCCUAGAUCUUGGUUUAUAGGUAAUCUGAGGUAUUUUAUAGGCUCUCCUAACAGGGCUCUGUUCUGAGUGGGCUGGUGAAUGGGAAGGGUAGAUAUAGAAGACAGGAGAAGUCAGCAGUUCUAUCCCUAGAUGAAAGUUUGCUCAUUGGUGAGGGUCCUCCCUUCCAGCCAAGUUCAGAACAUGUCGUGGGAGUUUGCUUGUCCCCUUCAAAGCUGGGAAAUGCAUUUAUAUAAGCUGUGGCAUUCAUAUGAUACACACACACACGCACACACAUUGUAACUCACUUUAUAGUGAAAUUCAACUUACAGCAAAGUAGGAGAAGAGUCAUGAAUAGUUUUAAUGCUUCAGAAUGUGCAAUUCCAAGGAUAGCAACGCUAUUCAGAGUAAUCUCUGAAAAACACCAGGUCUUCCCUGUGAGAGUUCCACUAGAUGUGUGUGUAUCUGUGUGUGUAUAGAUGAUUAGUCCACAUCUCUGGUCCAUAAAUUAUAUAAUGUAUUGCAAACAGAUAUUUAUUUAUAUGAUAAUAAUUGGUCAGAUUUAUAAUUCUAAUUUCUGCUGUCAAAUAAAGAGUUAGGUACACAGAAACAUGUAUAUUGGAGGGACUUCCAUAACGAGACACACCUUACUUCUUCUCUAGCACCAUUCACUUGUCACCAGAGUUAGUCAAACAUUUACUGUCAUAAGAAUUUUUUUAAUGGAAAAUGACUUCUUCCACAAAAUGAAAAUUUUUAUGUAAAAUGCCCCUUUUCAUGGAAAAAUGUUCUGUUUUGUUAUUUUAAUAAGAACCCAAAAUAUUUAGAAAAGGUUUAUUUGAUGAAAAAUCAGUGUAACUUUCCAUUGGGGAAAAAACAAACAUCCCUCCCUCGCCUCCUUGAUCAGCUUUGCUUUUCAUGGUUUCCUUUAAAGGGAUGGGCAUGUCCAUUCAGUCAAUGCUUUUCUUCCUUCAAGGUCCAUCUUUUCCUCUCAUUUGCUCAUGGAAUGAUUUGAUAAUGGGUGUGACUUCUUGAGUGUUUCCAUGGAGAAGAAUCAUGAUGUCAUGAAAACACAAUGGUGAACUCGUCAGAGUGCUGGAGAAGUUGCCUGGUGAGAGGAAGGGCCUGAUCUUCCAGUCCCUGUGCAGGCAACAUGCCUAUGGAGUACGAGUCUAUAGGCAUUAUGCUUCUGUUAUUCCACCACAGAUACCUCCAAUAAUUGUCAGAAGAUUAGUGGUAGGUCAUUGUGAUUUCUGUUUACAUGUUAUUUCUUCUAUGCCAGUGUGAAAGUUCCCGCUCUAAGAGCACAUUGUUUCAUAUCAUGGGUGUUAUGGAUCAGGAAAGCUGGCCUAUUUUGUAAUAUUUUAGAAAUAUUUUGUAAUUUGUCAAUUUUUUUUAGCAAUACAUUCUGUAAAAUAUGGAACAUUUGAGUGGAAACCAGAGAUUGGACUGAGUCACAAAACAUCAGAUCCAAGGCUGUUCAGUACCAGGGCUUUGGUUGGGCCAUUCUUGGUGUCAGUUGUGAAAUUCAGAACCAGGUUCAGAAUCUGACUUGUACCCUGCUUCCAAGUUCAGAUUUAUUUGGAUCCAGGGGCUUAGUUGGGACUCACCUCAUCUCUAUUGAAAACGAUCAAUUUCCUCUUCCAGGGGAGGGGCAGCAGGAGAAUCUACUUAUUAGACAAGGACAG